UAUUAGCAAGCAUACCUCAAAAGUCGCUGACAAUAUACCCGAUGGCUUUUAACCGUUUCUUCUAUGCAACCUCUUUGCUAGUCUUGGCACUAGCGGCAGUGCUGCUGAUUACGCCUUCUUCUGCUGCUAGCAGUAAUCACUAUGAUGAGAUGAACCUACAAUCAACCAAAUCCAUUUUGGGCAUUCAAGGCCUUGUUUAUUGCAAAUCAGGCCCUAAAGUUAUCCCUCUCGAAGGGUCGGUGCCCAGGAUAACAUGUGAGGCUGUGGACGAAUAUGGGAUGGAAAGUGCCCCCAUCACCAUCUUGAGCGAUGCAACUGAUGCCAAGGGUUAUUUCUUUGCAACACUUUCUCCUUAUGAGAUUCAAAAUCACAAGAAGCUCACUCAGUGCAGGGCCUUUCUCGAACUCUCUCCAUUGGAGUCUUGUAACGUUCCCACAGACUUGAACAAUGGAAUAACUGGUGCUGUGCUUGCUUCAUAUCGCCUCCUCCACGACCACGACAAGAACAUAAGGCUUUAUACUGUAGGCCCUUUCACCUUCACAUCAUCCUAAUACUAUCAAUGGAAUAAGUGGUGCUGGGUUUGCAGCCCACGAAACAAGAAGAAGAACAAA